AUGCGGUCCUCCAUCGCUCUUCUGUCAGGCCUGGUCCUUGCCCAUAUAGACUCGACCUUGGCCCAGCUCGCUGGCAUUCCGACCGUUCCGUUCAAAAAUGAUGGCAAGAAAUCUUUCAAACUUGAUGCUGUUGGCACCAUCAUUGUCGAUACCAAGUACGCCGAUGCGACCGAUAAGAGCGGCUUGACCCUGAUUCCCCCAACUCUGCACGAGUUCGGCGCGACCUUUGCGCAAGACCUUCAGCAAGUGCUCAACAAGACUGUCACAGCCACCAACGGCGACAAGCGCGAAUCCAACACUAUAUUCUUGACAAUUGACAGCGAGCACGAGUUCCUCGAUGCCGCCAGCCGUCCGACCUCCGAAGGAUACACAAUUGUUGCCGAAGAAGAUGGCGUCACCAUCCGCGGUGCCAGUCCCUUGGGAGCUUGGUGGGGGACGCGAACGCUUCUGCAACAAGCCAUCUUGGGAGACGACGGCGCAGUUCCCGUCGGUCAGGGCGAUGAUGCUCCUGGGUGGUCGACCCGAGGCAUGAUGCUUGACUGCGGCCGCCACUUUUACCUCAAGGAGUUCCUCAUUGACAUGUGCUCUUACAUCUCCUUCUUCAAGCAAAACACCUUUCACAUUCAUCUUAGCGACAACACGAUCGUUCCGACCUACACGCCGGACAACGUCAACGAGACGUAUGCGCGCUUCCGCCUUUGGUCAGAUAACAUCGAACUCUCCGGACUUAAUCGCCAUGCCAAUGAAUCCUAUACCAAGGCUGACUUCGACGAGAUUCAGACCAAGUGUGCCCAGCGCGGCGUCACCAUCAUUCCUGAAAUCGAAGCCCCCGGUCAUUGUCUGCCGAUUGUGCAGUGGCGCCCCCAGAUCGGCUUCCAAGGCGAUCUCAGCCUCCUCAACAUCUCGCACCCCGAUACGAUCCCGACCAUGAAAACCGUCUGGAAAGAAUUCCUUCCAUGGUUCCACACCUCCGUCGUCUCCAUCGGAGCUGAUGAAUACAAGGGCCCGGAAGAAGACUACAAGAAGUUUGUCAAUGAAAUGUCGGCCUUUAUCAACCAAGAGGCUAGCAAGUCUAUUCGCAUCUGGGGCACCUUCCCUGCUGUCAAGCACGCCGGCUCCAGCACGACCAUCGACUCCAACAUUACUAUUCAGCACUGGGCCUACCUCUUCGACAACCCCUACGAGGAUUACAUCAAGAACAACUACUCCGUCAUCAACUCUGAUGAGAUGUACUACAUUGUCAUGAAGGAUGGACCCUACGGCCGAACCAUCAACACUUCCACGACAUUCACCGGCAACCCCGACGGACAUGGUCCCUGGUACCCAAAUAUCUUCAACCUCAGUCAUCCGGACCAGAACCCAUCACGGGAUAACAAGCUAGUUCAAGGCGCCAUAUCGCCUCUGUGGAAUGACCAAGGUGCCAACACCAGUGUCUACUCAGAAGCCUACUACGCUUGGCGUGAUGGCAUCCCGGCCCUUGCUGACAAGCACUGGGGCGGCAAUCUCACCCAGGACCAAUACUCGAACUGGCUCUCCAAGUUAGUGGCCAAAGUACCAAACCAGAACUUCGAGCGCCGCAUCCCCUCCAAGCAAAACCUCAUCUUCUCGUACGACCUGCGCAAGGUGAAGGGCGAUUCUAUUACAGACAAAUCAGGCAACAAGUACGACGCAAAAACUACAUGCAAGACCGCCGACGAUGGCAUUGUCAUGUCGGCCGAUUGCGACAUAACCACGCCAUGGUCAUCCAAGGGUAGAAACUACACGCUUUCCUUGACACUCAACAUUGAUAAACUUCCCAAUGAUAAAAAUACAACCCUUGUCUCUGGGUCGGAUUCAACUCUGAUGUUGACGCCAAAUGUCACUUUAUUCGCUGCUGGCAUAUAUUUCCGACUAAACAACACCAUUCCCUUGCAGUCAUGGGUCCGGUUAGAGAUCAGCAGUGCUGGGCCCAAGACCUUCGCGUCAGCCUUCAACGACAAAGGCGACAAGAUCUUUUCCAAGGCAGAAUUCCUUACUGAGAUGAGCUACUACGGCGCACCUCUGCGAUGGCAUGAAAUGGCUAUUGAGGCGCCUAUCCAUCAAAUCACUGGCUGGGAGGGCAAGGUGCGUGAAUUCAGUCUCACUGCAGAGGGCGUAAGCGACUCGAAGCAGGGAGGCUCAUCCACCACGCGAGGGUUGCCCAGUAUACACUUAUUGGCUGCCUUGUGUGCCGCAGCCAUAUACCUCGGCCUAUAA